AUGGAUUCAACAUUAGUAAAUGCUCUUAAAAGUGGAAGAACUUGGCUGGUUAGUCGUUCAAGUGAUCACGUUUUUGAAGUUCAAUCCCGGCCAUUGGUUAGCGUUGACCUCUUGAAUAGAACUUGCUCAUGUUACCAAUGGCAAUUGAAUGGAUUUCUUUGUGCUCACGCGGCGACUGCUAUCCAAAAGAGCGGAGGUGAUUUGUAUGCACAUGUGGAACCAUUUUAUUACACUAGCAAGUUCAAAGAUUGCUAUGCUGAGUCCAUUUAUCCAAUACCUACUGUUGAGAAACCUCUUGUAGCUAUGGAUGAUCUUGUUGUCCUUCCUCCAAUUUGUAAGAAGCCACCUGGUAGGCCAAGAAAGAAUAGGAUCCCAUCUAGAGGUGAGAAGAUAAGACGAGUACAGUGUAGUAGAUGCGAGAAGUACGGUCAUAAUAGGAAGACUUGCAAGGAGGCAUUGCCGUGA